AUGACUCAAUCCACAUCCCACCCCUCCUCGUCGAAUGAUUCCGAUUCUUCCAAUGCGGCACAAUACAUGCCAAACACUGGCAUGUAUAUGGGUCAACUUCCCUGGCCCCAGCCCGCAUACAUUCCUCAUCUAGGCUUCUACAACCCUGACAAUGUGGAGCCUAAUGCACCGCAUGGUGACGCCCCCUCAUACGCCCCCGUCGCACCUUCGCCUGAUGCAGGUGCUGGAGUUGAGCAUCACGCAUUCCAAGCGGGACCAAAUGGUUAUUACCCCCCUGCAGUAGCUGAUGUAUCGGGUGCCACUUAUGUUGGUCCAUACCCACCGCUAACUCAGACUGCUCCUCCACCACAACACCCAUCCGCGCCCCCCCUGUGCCGUCAAUCUUUCCCAUCGAGUUCUUUUCCAGGAGCCGCGAACCCUUACACUCCACCCGAACCGUACCAAGAAUAUAUCCACCAGAAUCACGCGCCUUGGCUUUCAGCGCCCUUUGCUCCCUUGUUUGUCCCUCGAGCACCAAGUUUGUCAGUCGGUAAAAAGCGCGUCGCUGAAGGCCUCGAAGAACGCGGCGUCAAGCGAACUAAAAUAGUCUCCAGCAGGAUCAAGAACGACCCGUUAUUUAAACCCGUGUUAGAUCAACAUGGUCAACCCAACGGGACAUUCGUGUGUUCCAAAGACGGCAUAAUACUCAAUCCUGAAAGCUAUCUUAAGCACCUCAAGACGAAAAAUCACCUAGGCUUCAAACUAGAGAGAUACAAAUGCCCCGGUUGUAUCAAAACUUAUGCCCGACGUGAUGCCUGCAAGAGGCACUGGGACGACGAAAUUCUACGAGUUCUCGCUUCUGCCGCGCCUGUGACAAUGCCUACCGCGCCCGUGACAGCACCUACCACGGCAUUCACAUAUUCUUACCCGUACCCCAUGCCCGUCACGUCGAUGUCCGGAAACGGGCCGAUCGCGUUCCCAGCAGCUUGGGUUGCGCCGUCGUAUGGAACGCCCACUGUCGCGGAUCCCGUACUUUGCCUCUCUCAGUCACCAGAGAAUAACAUGGUCACAGAGCCCACCGAAGACGAAGACGAAGACGACGAAGACGACGCUGAUUUUUGGGAGGCUAAUGAGAUACGGGACACGGAUGAGAUGUAG